AUGAAGUUCCAGGCUAUCCUCAUCGCCCUCGCGAGCAUCGUCUCCGUCUCUAUGGCCGCGCCUACGCCGGCAAAGUCCGAUUCUGUCCCCGCUAAGGAGAACAGCGGUGGUCGCACUGUCUUGGAUGGUGCCCAGUGCAGCCCUGUACAAGGUCGUCUCGUUUGCGAUGAUGGCUUCGGGAACACCUUCUUUGCCGAUGACCCGUUUUCCUCUUAG